CCCGUCUGACCUUGUUCUACAAUAGGUUUUCAGGAGACAGAGCGAGGAGAGAGGGCGUGGAUAGACCGAAAUGGAAUGUCAUCUUCCACGAUAUCUCUUGCGGAACUUUACGAGAGUGCCUCUUUCAGGGGGGAAGAGUUAUUUCCUAGGACCAACUGAUCAUGGCUACUAUUGGUAGUCGCGGAAAUAGUCUUGACAAUACUCCGAAUAGACAAUUUAAAUCAGGUUUUGCUUCUCCCGAGAAAGUCCGUGAGCUUCUCAAUGCCGGUGUUUUGUCGAAUGAAAAUCGAUUAAAUGGUACUCAGGGGGAGCUGGUUUCAGCAGCACCAAAUGGGAACAGUCAGGUUCCCUGUGAAGCAUCUAACAAAGAUGGCUUUUUUACAAGAGUGGAGUCCUACUCAUGUCUGAAAUGGGCAGGAAAGCCCAGGACACUGUCCCCCCUGAGGUGUGCCAGCUAUGGCUGGAUCAACAUGGGAUGUGACAUGCUGAAAUGUUCAAGUUGCAAGGCUUUUCUCUGUGCAUCUCUACAGCCAACACUGGACUUCAGGAAAUAUGAAUCGCGUGUAGCAGAGAUUACUGGGCAACUACAGACACAACAUGAGAAGUUUUGUCCGUGGCCAGACUUUCCAUGCCCAGACCGGUUCUGGCUGGUCCCUAUUAACGAGCCCUCAGUGCUUCUCAGUUCCUUCCUGGAGCGCUAUCACACCACUUGUCUCCUGGAGCAGCAGCUGCCUGCCAUGAAGCCGGAACAGCUUAAAAACAUGUCAUUGACAGAAGAUGUGAUCAGUAUUCUGCUGGAGUUAAUUGAAGAUGAGGUGAAGAAGCAGGGCAUGUCCCCUUUGAAGUCUACAUCUGUGGCACUUCCCGUCCAGGUGGCUGCCUGCAUUGUGGCCCUUUGCGGCUGGGCUGGAAGCCCAGCGCUGAACUCCAUGAGCUUGCCCAUCCUCACAUGCUCGUUCUGCAUGCGUAAAGUUGGAACGUGGAACUUUCACCAGAUGGAGGGAACGGGCAAAGCGGCAGAGGGAGAUUCACCAAAGUCCCCGUCCACUCCGACGUCGUCGACACCCCUGCCAGCGCUCGAGGCCCCGGCGCAGGGGGAGAGGAAGAUGCCCACCUCGCCUUCCCCUUGCCCCACUCCCUGCCGCAGGGGCCUGAGGAGCCAGGACAAGACCAGGGGCUCCGAGCAGCGCGACGGUAGUCCCGGCCCUGUGGUGUUCCGCACCCGCAGCAGGGAUUCUCCCAGCCCUGGUGAGGAGCCCCCCAGCCCCCUGCUCAAGGGGAAGAGGCCUGUGACACGGAGCCGGGGCCAGAGCGAGGGAACAGAGAGUGAGGGGACAGCUUCAGGGGCCUCAAGUCCCCAGCGCAAUCCCAAACGCCUGUGCCUCUCAUCAGCCAAUAGCCCUGAGGGACCCCUUCAAAGGAAUGUGUUUGACCCACUAGCCCAGCACAGGGACUGGUGCCCCUGGGUAAAUGUAGAGGAAAACAGCCAGCCUUGUGGUGGUAUACCCGUUCCGGGCCAAGACGGAGAGGUUCAGCAGGGCUGGAAGUCUGCCCUCAAUCAGCUUCUCACCAUGAAAAAGAGCUUCACCUCAAACAAGGAAACCAGUCCAUCACAGGAUCCACAUGAAAAGUCCAAAAGAGUGUUUGCCAUAUUCCGUCAGUGGCAGGUGUCUUCCCCGUCUUAGUGAUAUCUCCUCUUUCCACCCCAGAGGCAAAACCCACAAGACACUCCGCAGAUAUUCCUCCUUGUGGCUCGCUGUACUGGACUAGUAGCACUGGCAGUGGCUUCGUGUCAGUGUGGUUCUCCCAUUUGUCAAGUCUUUACCAUCAUGGGUGAGGGUUGGAAGGGAAUGGGCUAGGUACAAAUUCAAGUACAGAAAAGGAUGUUUUUUCUCAUGAACUGUGAAAUGUUGUCCGAAUGUGUCAUUUGAGAGCAAAGACUUCUUCAUAGUGCCCAUCCAGGAUUUUUUUUGACUUGACACUACACAUUAAACCACAGAGUAUUUUGGCCCCCGGACACAGGCUCAUCUCUGACCAGACCUUAGGCCUUUGUGUGUGUGUUUAUUUUAUUUUUUUCCUCCCCUGAAGACUGCAUGGGGAUCCUGUGUGCUUAUCCUGUUGUUGUUUAUGGAAUGUAUGAGGGACAAAGAUGCCGAAAUCUACAAGUGAGAAAGAUCCAUCUGGCUUACACUGGAAGACUGAAGUCUUAACUUUAAAGGGUAUGCUCUGUUAUGUAAAGGGGUCACUCAAAGGAAAGUGUGAACAUUGACUUCUAUUUCUAACCUAAAAGCUGUGAGGAAGUCUUUUUUUUUUCCACCUGUAAUGUGUGUUUCAGAGUAUGAUCAAAGUAGAUAAAGACUUGGAACUUUUUUGCAAAACAAUUUUGCUAUACAGUUGUUGUUGUUUGUUUUUUUACUUUACAUUUUUUCCUUUUGGUCAGCUGCAGGUCUUAGGUGUUCAUGUCAAGCCAGUAGAACAAAUAUCGUGCCAUAGAAAUUAGAAUGUUUGGGGUUAAUUCGUGUAGUCUUAAAUUCCAAUUGCCUUUCUGUGCGUUUUCUUACCCAAUACGGUCCCUUCCAGUGUGCAUGUGCUUUUGCUUUCCAAAAGGGAUAUAAUAAAGCUUUUCUUUCUGAUGUACA